UUUAAUAAAAAUUAACAAACAUUAAAAAUCUUCAACCAUGAACUUUAACAAAUAUUUUACCAUUUUUGUCCUUAUGGUCUUGUGCCUGUUGGGUCAACAGGCUGUCAAGGCUCAUAGCAUUUUUGGAGAAUUGAAAAAGGAUGUGGAAAGAGAUGCCCAUAAAGUAGGUGCUAAAUUGGACAAUGUUGGCGAUAAAGUGUUAGGUGAAGUUCAUGAAACUGGUGCUCAACUGGAACAUAUCGGCGAUAAAAUGAAAAGUGAUGUUGAGGAUACUGGUGCCAAAUUGGUUGAUAGUGGUAAAAGUGUGGUCAGCGAAGUUCACGGAGUAGGAACUGCAUUGAAAAAUGAUGGCAAAGAAGUGAUUAAGUCGGCAAAGAAAGCUGUUAAAGUCUACAAAAUCGCUAAAACUGUCCAAACAGCUGGAAAGGUUGUAGGAGUAGUUGGCACUAUUAUUGGUAAACUUCAAGACGCCUAAAUAUUUUCUUCUAUAAAUACGA